UAGUAAAAAACACGGGGAGAGUGUCUUCUGCGCCGUGAUUGGCUGCUGGAAUUGCACUUUCCGAUCGGUCGACCAAGCCCAUGGGCGUCGUCGUGUCCCGCCUCGCCGCGCGCCUCUUUGGGAAGAAGGAGCUGCGCGUCAUGAUGGUCGGGCUCGACGCGGCGGGCAAGACGACCAUUUUGUACCGACUCAAGCUCGCCGAGACGGUCACGACAGUCCCGACGAUCGGCGCCAACGUCCAGACCGUCGAUUACCGCAACCUGAGUUUGCAGGUCUGGGACUUUGGCGGCCAAGACAAGAUCCGCGCGCUCUGGCGCUGCUACCUCGUCAACAACGACUUCAACGUGCUUAUCUACGUCGUCGACUCGAGUGACCGCGACCGCAUGCCUGAGGCGCGCGACGAGCUCGUGCGCAUUUUGCAGCAAGAAGAGCUCCGCCACUGCCGCGUGCUCGUGCUCGCCAACAAGCAAGACGUCGCAAAAGCCAUGAACACGCUCGAGGUCACGGCCAAGCUCGGUUUAUACGAGCUCCAGCACAACUGGUACAUCCAAGCCUGCUGCGCCACGACCGGGGCGGGUCUUGUCCAAGGCCUGCAGUGGAUCGCACGGACGAGCUAGACGACACUGUGUGAAUGUGUUGCGACCAAGACUACCUACUAUCUAAUACCUGACUUACAUACGACAUUUACUCCACUGACGCCCUGGGGUACUUCGUCAUGACCUCCUCAAGACGCCUCGUGCAAUCUCCCGUGCAUCAAAGUGUGAUCUUCCAUUGCGUUCAGCCCGGUCCAUGGGCCAGUAGAAUACCCAGAUCCCGUACUCAAAUAUGUAUCGUUGUCCUUGCGAAGUAGACCCUCAUCCUCGUC